ACCCACCGGGACCCUCGCCUGCGGGCCGCUGGCUUCUGAUUGGCUAGGGCCAGGUGUGGGCGGGACUAGAAGAAGCCGGCUGGACGACGAGCAUGGGAGAGAGCCAGAAACCAGCUGGAGCCGAAGUCUUAGCUUUGUAGGAGAGAGAUUGCCAUCCCCUUCCUUCCUGAAGGAGGGAGAAAAAACUUCUGCUCCAUUGGCCAGUUGAACAAUUUACACUGAUCCAGAGGAGGAUUCUUCAGCCACUAUGUCAACCGGCACAGAUGUUUCUCUUUCUUCAUACGAUGAAGAUCAGGGAUCUAAACUUAUCCGAAAAGCUAGAGAAGCACCGUUUGUUCCCAUUGGAAUGGCGGGGUUUGCAGCAAUCGUUGCAUAUGGAUUAUAUAAAAUGAAGAGCAGGGGAAAUACUAAAAUGUCUGUUCACCUGAUCCACAUGCGUGUGGCAGCCCAAGGCUUUGUUGUGGGAGCAAUGACUCUCGGUAUGGGCUAUUCCAUGUAUAAGGAAUUCUGGGCAAAGCCUAAACCUUAGAAGAAGAGAAACUGUCUUGGUUUUGUUGGUGGUGCUUGCUUUAGCUAGGCAUCUCAUACUGAGUUUAUAUGUUUAUGUUGAAAAUAAAUCAUUUGAAUGGGUCACACAAUAACACAGUAAUUUAAAUAUUGGCUUCCUUUCUUGCAGGCUUGAUUUGCCUGGUAACCAAAUUACUAGUGACCAGUUAACUAGCUAGGUCAUUCAGCGGAUUCAAAUUAGAACAAAAGAAACAUGUCACUUUUAAAUGUACUUGAUAGUGGUAAAAUAUGCUCCUUCUUAAACUCUUCUGAUAAAAUCAGUUAAAAAGAGGACAAUUUGCCAAUCCUGAGUACUCCCAGUUGCUGCAGAAUAUCACAUGCUUUUGAUGUUAUGUAGGAAUCCCAUUUAACUUUUUUCUGCCUGUUUUGCAGACUGAGUACUUCAGUUUUUAGGGCUGGUUGGCUCUUAACCCUUUCAGAACAGUGCAUGGAAUAUAAUAUAAUAAGCUUCCCCAAACCGAAAAUACAUGUAUUUAAGCCAAACCUAAAAAAGCCGAUAACAGCUGCUUAGAAGUAGUAUUUAUUUCAGAAUCAUACUUGUAAACGUGAGAAUAACUUAACUGUGGAUCCCAGUUUAGCUUUUUUUGUAAUUGCAGAGUUAUGUUUAUGCUGCUGUUGUAUUAGAAUAAUUUUUAAAUGUUAUCUUAAAAUAGAAAUGUGUAUUUUAAGUACUAAUGCAAAGGUUAGAUGAAAAACACUUUUUAAAUGUAUGCAGUUUGUUUAUUUUCUCUGUAAGAAUCAUAAAUGUUAACAAAUUAC